AUGCCGCCCGCCCUAACCGGCGGCGCCGGCUACAAAGCGAACCCGACAUACGACGAAUUCCUCCGCAAACACAGCGGCUUCUACCGUCGCCACAGCGCGGCCUCGAACGCAUUAGAAAGCGACCGUCGCGCCUCGCAGGCCGCUUUAGACCACCACGCCGCUGCUGCCGCUCAAGCCGUGCAGAACGUUGCUGCAUCUGCGGAAGCUGAAGCUGCUGCCGCUAUGGCCGCCGGAACUGGUCGACGAAGCUCAGUCACAUAUGCAGCCGGAGGCGCUGCCACCGCAAAUUCCCGCAAGGGAAGUGUCGCUGUCGCCAGUGAUGUCACGCGCAAGGAUAGUCUGUUUGGUCUGGAGCCUACGGCUGGCAGACGCGUCUCUGAGGAUCGGCGGCCGAGUACGUCGUUGGCAAGUGAUUUGUAUCAUAAGUUGAAGGGGGAUCAUAAGUGA